UCCUGCGCGCAUCGCACACCCGCACGUUGCAUUUUAUGUUCCCUGAGCACUACCCGCGUUGUGACAAUGACGAAGGUGCUCAUUCUCCUGCUAGUCCUGUGCGCUUUCGCCACAGCCAUGGUGCCAAGAGAGAGGCGAGCCGUGGACCUUGAGGAGUUGCCCGCGAGCAGCAGCACCACCACCGCAGCUCCCAACAUCUGCGCCCCGACCACCCCCUGCGGCUGGUCCAUAUAUAAGCCCCAAAUCAAGAUCAUCGAUAUGUUCGUCGUCAACGGCUAUUGCAUUUGCGAGGAAGGAUUGAACUGCGCGAUCGACGAGGACGACAAGUCGGUGAGCACAUACGUGCACAGAUGCCGCCAGCCCGGCAGCGUGACUGAAAUUAGCAUUAAGAAAAGAUAGCAUGUUAGGACUCCUCUCGUCUUUACAUAAGCUGCAUUCCACGUCGCCAGCAGCUAUUCACACACACCCCAAAGGGCCCUAUUUCGAAAUCGAAACCUCAUAAAGUCACAUCAACAAAAGCAAGAUACAUCUAGGCCUCAGAUUGACUGAAUUUCAGGACCGCUUUAUUCAACAAACUGAAAUGAUCGCUUUUUCUAUCGGUUAAGAUAAAGGCAAACUUAAUUAUUUGUUUUGUAAUUUUAAUGUUUUUAAUUCUAAUAAUAUUUUGUUUUUUUUUUGUAUACAAAUACAUAUUAUAAAAGUUUUUAAAACAAAAAUGUAGUUACGUUACAGAAAGGAUUAUGACCAAAGUUACUUUUUUUAUUGUCAUCGUUAAUCCUUUUAAUCUGCAAUGUUCUAUCAUGACGAAAUGAAAGUAUUUAAUUUUGUUUGUAAUGACCAACAAAUACAAACUUUGUGGGGGUUUUGACAAGAAAAUGAGCCUUAGGCUAGAUGACAAAAUUUCAAUUAUUGUCCGUCAGAUAGUUAAUUAGAAAAUACUCGUAUUUUUUAUUUUCUUUCUUAAUUAAAUGAUAACACUAAUACCACAGCUACUACAUAGAGUUGAAAUGGCGUGUUACGUCACGCCUAUGUAGAAUUUUUACUUAAAAGUGACGUCACACGACCUUUCAUCUCAAAUGUAAUUAUUCGAUUAUGAAAAAAAAUAAAAAAUAGGUAGGCAUACGUGCCCAAUAUUUUUUAUUAUCUGUCUGAUGGACUAAAUCGAAUUUAGAUUUCAUUACCAGUCAUCAUUCGCUUUUUUUGUUUCGUACGAUAAGUUUUUUAGAUUAUAAGGCUGAUUCAAGAAUAUGCCGAGGUACCACUGCUAGUCCUCGGUUUCUGAGGUUACAUCCAAUUUGCUUUUUAUUCUAAUAUUUUUCAGUAUUUGUUUUGUUAGGUGAUUUGCUAUGAUUUUUAUGUUCAUUAGUGUCAACAAAGUUUAGAAGUUAAUUUUGACACUUAACUCAGAAACCGGGGUUCGAAAAUUAGGUUCGGUCUACAAAAGUUGGUAAACUUUAAAUCGUUAUGGUGGCAGGUUGAAACCUGGACCAUUCCUUGAUUCAAUCCGUCAUCAAAACAAUUUACUCAAAUUGUGGGUGCUUUCCAGAUGUUUGUAGCCUAAACUAAAUAAGGUAUAGGUACUCACAUUGCUAUGUGGCGUGCAUAGGUAUGCGUGUGACUUUUGGAUGAGAUAGUGGAGACAUAGAAAGGAGAGAUCCUGAUGACCAACCCAUGUUAUUCGAAUGUUGUAAUAGGUAUGGCCACGUAGCAAAGUGAAUAAUAUUCCUGUGGUAGUAGCCUCAAGCGUAAAGUUCCUUACUCGGCAUUUCCUUCCACAUCUAUUAUGUUCAGAGCGAAUAAAAUAAAAUAAAUUUAGGCAAGAAUUAACAUAAGUACUGUGACCUAAAUCCUUAAUAAUUAUAAUUUGAUAAUGCCUUUGUUUUAAGUUCUGUUGUCAUCAAUGAAAAAUAUUAUUAUUUUACUGAUCUGUUCUAUUGCAGUUAAUAAUUCCGCCUCGCUAUUAAUUAUUAUUUUUAAUGUAAUGUACCUACCUCAUACGUCACCUUUUACUAUCAACUUUAAUAGAAAAUGAAUAGGUAGGUACCUACUUUUUAAUCUGUAUAAGUAUAAUUCAUAAAUUACUAUAAAUAAAUGUACUUAUUAUUAGAUUAAAUUAGAAUUAACUAUUUGAUUAAAUAAAGAACAAAAUUGAUUAUUGA